GCCGGGCCCUGAGCGCCGCCGCGGUGGCCGCGCCAUGGCGGAGACCAAGAUCAUCUACCACAUGGACGAGGAGGAGACGCCGUACUUGGUCAAGCUGCCCGUGGCGCCCGAGCGCGUCACGCUGGCCGACUUCAAGAGCGUGCUGAGCAACCGGCCCGCUCACGCCUACAAAUUCUUCUUCAAGUCCAUGGACCAGGACUUCGGGGUGGUCAAGGAGGAGAUCUCGGACGACAACGCCAGGCUGCCCUGCUUUAAUGGCCGUGUGGUCUCUUGGCUGGUCCUGGCUGAGGGCGCCCACUCUGAUGCGGGGUCCCAGGGCACUGACUGCCACACGGAGCUGCCACCGCCACUGGAGCGGACAGGUGGCAUUGGGGACUCCCGGCCGCCCUCCUUCCACCCCAAUGCGGCCAGCAGCCGUGAUGGCAUGGACAGUGAGACAGAGUCUGUGGUCAGCCACCGGCGGGAGCGAGCCCGGCGCCGGAACCGCGAGGAUGUCUCACGGGCUAAUGGACACCCCAGGAGCGAGCGGCGGCGGGAGCUGGGGCUGCCCCCGGACAGCGCGUCCGCAGCGCUGAGCAGCGAGCUCGAGUCCAGCAGCUUCGUGGACUCGGAGGAGGACAACACGAGCCGGCUGAGCAGCUCCACCGAGCAGAGCACGGCGUCCAGGCUCAUCCGGAAACACAAGCGCAGGCGGCGGAAACAGCGCUUGCGCCAGACGGACCGAGCCUCCUCCUUCAGCAGCAUCACGGACUCCACCAUGUCGCUCAACAUCGUCACGGUGACGCUCAACAUGGAGCGGCACCACUUCCUGGGCAUCAGCAUCGUGGGCCAGAGCAACGACCGCGGGGACGGCGGCAUCUACAUCGGCUCCAUCAUGAAGGGGGGCGCGGUGGCCGCAGACGGCCGCAUCGAGCCGGGGGACAUGCUGCUGCAGGUGAAUGACGUGAACUUUGAGAACAUGAGUAAUGACGACGCAGUGCGGGUGCUGCGUGAAAUCGUGUCCCAGACGGGGCCCAUCAGCCUCACAGUGGCCAAGUGUUGGGACCCCACGCCUCGCAGCUAUUUCACCAUCCCCAGGGCGGACCCUGUGCGGCCCAUCGACCCCGCCGCCUGGCUGUCACACACGGCAGCGCUGACUGGAGCCCUGCCCCGCUAUGGUGCCAGCCCCUGCUCCAGCGCAGUCACCCGCAGCAGCUCCUCCUCACUGACCAGCUCGGUGCCCGGUGCUCCACAUCUUGCAGCCCUGAGUCUUGGCAGCGGCCCCAGCGGAGCUCCAGACCAGGAGGCCCCAGCUCCGCCACCACCCCCCGCGGCCCCCUGGUCCUUGGGCCAGGGUUACCCCUAUGCGUACCCUGGCCCCCCGCCCUGCUUCCCGCCCGCCUACCAGGACCCUGGCUUCAGCUGCGGCACUGCUGGCAGCCAGCAGAGUGACGGCAGCAGAAGUGGCGGGUCCACCCAGAGCAGCCGUCGGGCCCCUGGCCGAGAGGAGCGCCGGGCGUCCGGAGCUGGGGGCAGCGGGAGUGAGUCGGACCCUGUGGCCCCCAGUGCCGUGAGCAGCAGCAGCUGGCGAGAGCGCCCGGUGAGCCAGCUCAGCCGCACCAGCAGCCCAGGCAUCCAGGCCCCCAGCACCGCCCCAGGGCUGCCCUCGCCACACCCUCUGACCAUGGCCCACCCCAUGGCUGGGGGGCCGCCUGGGGCGCCACCUGUGCGUGAGCUGGCUGCUGUGCCUCCAGAGCUGACAGGCAGCCGCCAGUCUUUCCAGAAGGCCAUGGGGAACCCCUGUGAGUUCUUCGUGGACAUCAUGUGAUGGGAACCGUCCUUGCCUGCACAUGGCCGGCCUGUGGGGUUCCAGCUUGGGGGGCCCAUGGGAUCAGGCACAGGGUGAGGUGCUGGGUGCUCUGCUCAGGGGGUCCCAUCUUCCCUGCUCAGCGUGAGCCUCUGGGACCCUGAGCCACCCUCCCUCCCCACCCCAGCCUCCCUGUGGCCCCUGCUGUCCUGCAGAACCCCUCCCCAGACUGAGUGGGUGACCUUGGCAGCCAGAUGAAAUCCCAGUGCCCAGUGGCCGCCCAGAGGGGCCCUAAUUUAUUUAUUUAUUGCCAGCCCGUGUACUCUGGGGAUGGCCCGGCCAGCUGCCUGCUCCUGCUCUCCCCUCGGAGGCGGUGUGGGGCUGUGGGGCCUGGGGCUGCUGCAGGAAUGUGGUCUGUGCCCUACCCCGCCUCAGUUUGCACCUGGGUAGCCGGCAGUUCCCACGGAGCUGUUGCUGGGUAAAUGCUAUUUUAAACACUAAAGGCCUUUAAUUUUA